ACUACAGACUUGAGCACACACUUGACAUUGUAUAUCUGCAUCUUGUUUUGGUGAAACUAGACAAUAAGCUAGAGUAAUUUAGAAUAUAUUUAAGCAGAUUACAGUCAAACUGAAGACAUCAAACAUGAAGUCUUUGAUUUUACUGGUGGUUCUGAUUGGAAUUUAUAAAACAUGCAGUGCCAAGCGCUGUGAACUCACACUACAGAAAGAUGGUAACAUCAUCAAGGAUGGAGAACAUGUUUUGGGAAUUGGUGGAGAUUUAAACCAGAUAUACUGUAAGGCACUGUGUUCCGGUCCAGGACCAACACCAGGGAUCAAGUGGUACCGAGAACCAAGCAAACGACCUGUUAGAAUGUUCAGUGGAAGGGUAUAUCAGGUGAGGACAACAUUUAGGAGAGUUGGUAUUUUGACCAUAAGGAACAUGUUAUACAGUGACACUGCAACAUACAGGUGUAAGGCGUGGCUCAGGGACCAGGGCUGGGUAGAAAAGUCGUUCGAACUUGUCUAUGGAUGCAAAGAUUCAGAGCACCUGUGUGAUACAAGUAGAUGUGUCAGCCAGGCUCACAUAUGUGAUGGUAAAGCACAGUGUACAGACGGGACAGAUGAACAGAAUUGUAAAGAGUGUAAGGGCAACGAGUUUCAUUGUGAUGAUGGUGAUUGUAUACCAAGCAACAGGACAUGUGAUGGAUACUAUGACUGUGUUGAUGGCUCAGAUGAAUAUAACUGUGGCUGUCUUCCAGACUUCACAUGUUCCCAUGGUGGAUGUGUUUCCCAGGAGAAAGUUUGUGAUGGAAAUUAUGACUGCAGUGUAGGUGAAGAUGAGGUCAAUUGUACAUUCUGUGAAGAUGACGAGUUCCACUGUGGUAAUAGAGUAUGCAUUGCAGCUGAACUCCAUUGCGACGGUUGGGAUGAUUGCCCCGAUGGGUCGGACGAGUCCAGAUGCCCAUUGAAGGUGAAAAUAGACAAUCCAGAACAAGAAGUGUUUGAGAGAGAAACAGUUAGGUUCACUUGUAUUGCUACACAAAGCUCCAACAUGGGUCCAUAUGAUCUGACGUGGAGCAGACAGGAUGAAGAGCUACCUGAUCUUGCAUACAUUGAGGAAGAUACUUUAGUCAUUCCUGACGUUGACAAGAUGGAUGCUGGGAUAUAUGUUUGUACUGGUUCUGAUGGAAGCACAGUUGACAAGGCAGCGGCCGAGCUUGUUGUUAAUGAAAGGUGUCCCGGCAACUUUGAGUGUUUAGAUGGGUCAUGUAUCUCUACAGAGUCUGUAUGUGACCUUGUUCAGGACUGCCCAGGAGGAGAAGAUGAAUACGACUGUGAGUAUUGUGAUGCUGAUGAGGUUCAUUGUGGAGAUGGGAACUGUAUUACAGCUGAUCAGGUCUGUGAUGGAUAUAAUGAUUGUAACAAUGGCACAGAUGAGGAGGGUUGUUGCAUAGACGGAUUUCAGUGUUUGGACGGAACUUGUCUCGAGAAUGACAUCAUGUGUGAUGGCUUCCCUGACUGCAGUGAAGGAGAAGAUGAAGAAAAUUGCAGUUGCUUAGAUGGAUUUCAGUGUUUGGACGGAACUUGUCUCGAGAAUGACAUCAUGUGUGAUGGCAUCCCUGACUGCAGUGAAGGAGAAGAUGAAGAAAAUUGCACCUAUUGUGAAAUAGAUGAGUAUCACUGUGGAUCUGGGAAGUGUAUAGCAGACUAUGAAGUGUGUGAUCGUAUAGAACAGUGUGAAGAUGGUUCUGAUGAACUGCAUUGUGGUUGCUAUGACGACUUCUCAUGUAGUGAUGGCACAUGUAUUAAUGUAACACAGGUGUGUGACGGUGCUAUAGAUUGUAAUGUAGAUGGCGAAGAUGAAUUAGACUGUGGUCCAGUGUGCGAGACAUACCAGUUCAGGUGUAGUGGUGGAAACUGCAUCAAUAACACAUACCUGUGUGACCGUGUCAAUGAUUGUCCAUUAGGGGAGGAUGAAGUGGACUGCAGUCCAGUGUGUGAGACAUACCAGUACCAGUGUAGUGGUGGAAACUGCAUCAAUAACACAUACCUGUGUGACCGUGUCAAUGAUUGUCUAUUAGGGGAGGAUGAAGUGGACUGCACAUGUUACACAGACUCAUUUAGAUGUGAUGACAGUGAGUGUGUGGAUAAGUCAGCAGUAUGUAACGGAACAUUGGAAUGUAUGAAUGGAGCGGAUGAGGACAACUGUGACGAACCCUGUAACUUAGACGAUGAGUUCACAUGUGCUAGCAGGAACCAGUGUAUACCAAUACAAUGGCACUGUGAUGGAACUCCUGAUUGUCGUGAUGCUUCGGAUGAAUGUGGAUGUGCCGCUGUGGAGUUCAUAUGUAAAGGUGGAAUGUGUAUAGGAAAUGAUAGUGUAUGUGAUGGAAUACCAGACUGUAAAGGUGAAGACGAUGAAUUAAAUUGUGGUGACAAGGCGUGUGCAGAGAGUCAGUUCCUGUGUCCUGACAAGAGUAAGUGUCUAACGACCACAAAUGUUUGUGACGGCAAACAAGACUGUGAUGAUAACUGGGAUGAGAGUGAAGACAACUGUGGACCAACUGUUACAGAACCUGACAUGGGCAUUGGUACUAGUACGAUCCUGAAGGGAAGAUAGAUUCGGAUACAGUGAACACAGAUUCAGAUAAAAUGAAUUAUGAUGAAAUGCCAGAUGAUUAUUACAACUAAGACAUUACAAAAAGGACAUCUUGAUGCUGUUCCCUUGAACAAUAUGUUUUGCUUUUUUCUUAUAUUACCUCUUGUAUUUCACUAUGAAGUUAAAGGACCAGCAAGAGUUGCUUUCAUUAUGUCUCCCACCACACAGUGGUGUGGGAGACAUAUUGAUUUACUCCUGUCUGUGUGUCUGUCUGUCUGUCUGUCACAAAGCUUGUCUGCACUCUAAGUUGAACAUUUCUCAUCCGAUCUUCACCAAACUUGAACAAAAUGUGUGUGCCAAUAAGUCCUCGGCCAAGUUCGAUAACUAGCCAAAUCGGCCCAGGCACUUCGGAAUUAUGGCCCUUGAAUUUACAAAAAAAAACACUCAGAUUUUAGGCGCAUUGCUGGAGCCGGAAGGACCCCUAUACAACGCAUAGGAGUCCUUUUGGCUCCAGGAAUGUGCAUGCAAUCUGAGUAGUAUAGGAGUCCUUUUGGCUUGAUGAAUGUGCAUCGCUCUAGUAGGGCAAGUUCGAUAAUGAGCCAAAUCGGUCCAGGCACUUCGGAGUUAUGGCCCUAGAAUUACCGAAAAUCGGCCUUUUUACUCUUGUCCAUGCUCUUAAGUCGAACAUUUCUCAUCCAAUUAUCACCAAACUUGAACAAAAUGUGUUUGACCAUGAGUCCUCGGCCAAGUUUGGUAACUAGCCAAAUCGGCCCAGGCACUUUGGAAUUAUGGCCAUUGAAUUACUGAAAAUCAGCCUUUUUACUCUCGUCCGCUCUAAGUCCAACAUUUCUCAUCCGAUCUUCACCAAACUUGAACCAAAUGUUUUUGACCAUAACUCCUUGGCCAGGUUCAUCAACUAGCCAAAUCGCCUGAGGCACUCCAGAAUUAUGGACCUUGAAUUUCCCAAAAUCGGCCUUUUUACUCUUCAAAGGUAUAUUUGUAGUGAAUAAACAGGAAAUAAAGACUGACUUGCUAUUUAGAUGAUUAGGCAGUUGUGGGAGACAUGCGCUUUUCUCAAAAGCAACUCUAGUUUCCUAUGUUUUGUAGUCAUCCUAUAACACUGAAAAACCAAAUGUAAACCUGAAUUAUUAUAAAGUCAUCACAGUUGAUGUUUUUGUUGUUGUUUUAAUUGAAUUGAUUUAAUACUGAAGUCUUUGUUGCAUGUUUUCAUUCAAGGGUGAUUUUUGUUUAUCAGCAAGCUAGUUAUACUUCGUUAGUGCCAAGUCUUUGUUUCUAAACAUUCUGUUCUUGACUUAUUUUCUUGUUAUGAAGCUUUGCACAGAUUAUAGCUGGGAAAUUUAAAUAAACUGUGGUAAGAAAUAGAUUUUAAUCAAAACAUACAACAAGCAAUAUUUACAUACUUGUAAGGAGCAUUAGAUGCUUCUAAUGAGCUUGACAGUCUCCACUUUGCUGCUGACCUUUUUUGAGCUCUUUACCAAGCUCAGAAUAUAUUAAGAUGUUAGAGUAGUGACAUCCCAGGAUGGCACUUAGUUACAUCCCAGGAUGAAACAUAGUGACAUCCCAGGGUGAAACAUAGUGACAUCCCAGGGUGGCACAUAGUGACAUCCCAGGGUGGCACAUAGUGACAUCCCAGGGUGGCACAUAGUGACAUCCCAGGGUGGCACAUAGUGACAUCCAAAGGUGGCACAUAGUGACAUCCAAGGGUGGAACAUAGUGACAUCCCAGAAUGGAACAUCGUGGCAUCCCAGAAUGGAACAUCGUGACAUCCCAGGGUGGCACAUAGUGACAUCCCAGAAUGGAACAUCGUGACAUCCCAGGGUGGCACAUAGCGACAUCCCAACACAAACUAUUGACCAGUGAUCCUUACAUGGUGGUUGGCCUUGGUUAGAACGAGUCGUGCAAUAAUAGAUAAUAUUAUAUAACCUUACAAUUUUUAUAUAUCAAGGCAAAUGUGAACUGUCAUUAAAAUGUUUCAAACAAGUCCAUCAAAUGUUCAAGAUCAGAUUGACUAUCUUUAACCUUGAGCCUGCUGGUGGCAAGUGAUUCUGCCUAUGCGCAGAUCCAGCCAGUUUUCUCAGGGGGGUCCGACCGAACCCUUACUAUGACAGACAUGUGUCUUUAUACACUUAAUAAUUUGAUGUGAUUUUGUGGAUGUUAGCCAUUUAUAAGUACAGGGUUGUCAAUAAGUUUUUGUUGAACAGGCUGAAAUAGAAAAGCAGCCAAUCAGGUAGGGGAGUGUGGGGCAUGCCCCCCCCCCCUUGAAAAUUUUGAAAUUCAGCGCUUCAUUUCCUGCAUUCUGGGGCAUUUUAGAAGCAUUUAAGAACACCUUUUCCACUGCAAUUUUACAUACAAUAUACCCUUAUUUUCACAUUUUUAUGAGCUCACCUGUUCAAUUUGGGGAAAAUAAUUAAAUUAAGUUUUCUUAAAGGUAAAAUUCUUUGUUUCUUUGAGAUAAUUAACAUAAAUCAUAAAUAUGAAUUACGCCGGGGUCGUAUGUUCUUUCCUUCUUCUCUUCUUUCCUUUUUUUAGGAUUUUUCGGGGGCGGAGGCGGAUCCGUGCAUGCUGCCUCUAUGCCCAGUGCAGACAAAGAUCAGCAUGCACAUGCGUGCAGACUGAUUUGGUCUACACUGUUCACUAUUCAGUCAGUAAAUUUUAGAAAUUAAGCAGAGUAAAGGUUAUAACCUUUAAAUAGGUUAAAACCUAAAAAUAAUAAUUUUGCUAAUAAGCAAAUAGAAAGUAAAAUGCAAAAUAGUCAAAUACUACUCUUAGAUGAUGGUUGAAAGCAAUACGGUCUUAACUUCCUGAUUUAAAAGAAGAAAUUACAAGUUUCUCAUUCAGCACAGUAUACCGGUAGAAUCUUUUCAUUUUGUAUUAGUUUCAAUGUGUGUUUUUAUGAAUGUUUAUCAACUUUAAUUCUAAGAAAGGGGAAAUAUUUUUUUUAUUCUUUAGCUUUGUGUAAACUUUAAUGGUAUAUUCUCAAUGUAAUUUGUUCACACUUCUUUUUUUUUGUGAAAAGGUCUUUUUAAAGUUUUUUAAACUGUAUUUUCUGCAAGUGGCUUUUGGUAGGUAUUUUUUGACAUACGAUUUUCUGCAAAAUAUAUAGGCACUUAAACAAAAAGUAUCAGUUAUGCAAAAGUCGGCAUUUAACAAUGGUGUUUUUGCAAAUAUUUAAUCCUACUUUCGUUUCUUUAAUUUUUUCCUGAUAUAUAUAUAUACAGUGAAACACUGCUCGCUCAAGCAUCAAUGACUCGAGCACCCGGGCUCUCUCGAGCAAUUCAUGUGGUCCCAGCCGAUUUCCUAUUUUCUAUGUGAAAUUAGCACGGCUGGGUUGAGCAUCGAUUACUCGAUCACUCGAGCAUGACACCUGGUCCCUGUAUAUUGAUUUACUCUUUGUUGCUUCUGGCAAACUCGAGCACAGGUGUCAAAUUCAGUAAGAAUGUAUGGAUAAAUUUAAAAUUUCCGCAUGUCGUGAGAAUUGCGUGGUCUAUUCCCUGACUAUCUUAAAUGUUUGUUUGUUGUUAUAUUUGAUCUGAUAAUUAGUAAUCGACUAAUUAUUGAUAAAAGGUUGAAGAAAAAGUUUUAUUUAUCAAAUAGUGAUCAAUUACUGUUUGUUUCAGAUUAAAUUAUUACUUUUUUCUGCAGGAUCGAGAAGAUAAUUAUGAGAUCUUUUAAUCACCAGUCGUUUGCAUGCAAAUAAAGGAAAUAAUAUAGCCUUUUCAUAAAAUUGAGACGGUAAUUACGAGAUCUUAAUUUGGAGAAGAAAAUUGCAAAUUCGAGUACCGUUUUCCAAAUAAAAAAAGUCUUGUUUCUUAUUAAAUAUUGAAACGUCUAAAAAAUUAUAGAUAGCGUUUGUAAUACAUUUUUGAAAAUAUCACGAGUGUGUAAUUAUUAGGCAUCACCGUUUCCUCUGCAAAUGGCCCCAAUGACAACUGGUAAAACAAACUUAAUUUUUUUUCAUAUGUUGAUCAAUGUCUGGGCCGCUCGAAACCAUGGAUAACUCGAUAACUUUUGCUCAUCCCCUUGCGACCGCGAGCGAGCGGUGUUUCACUGUAUUUUAAUACCAAACUCUGUGUAACUGUUAAUAAGUUUUACUGACUGCAAGAGUUAAUUGUAUACAUGUAACUUUAACAUAUUUCAAAAACAAUGAUUGUUAACAAAUUUAACAUGGUAUUACACUUUAAUGUACCACAUCAAACCCCAAACUAGCUUGUGUAUAUAUGCAGAAUAAAAAUAUACCUGAAA